AUGGACUAUGAGGAUGUUACUUACGCUAAAAGGGUCAGACAACAUUCGACUAUUGAAGGACAGGAUAUUAUUGUUGCAUUAUCUGAAUAUGGAAAACUGGUUUUCAUGACAAUUAUAGCGGAUUUAGAUCAAAAUAUCAAACGAUUCGAGACAGUAUCCGAGGACACAUUUGAUAUCUUCAUUAUGAGUAAAUCCAUGUCUAGAAUUUAUUUUGAUCCAAUUAUUGGUCGGGGUUCUGAGAUAGAAGAAGGCAUUAUUUGGCAUAUGGAAUUCUUGCAUACAGAAACAGAUACCAUGGAUCGUAUCUUGCUUGUUCUUGUCAUUUACAAUGAUGUAGAACGCCUAUGUCGACUAGUGAUCUAUGCUAUUGAUGCUUCUGAUCCACAGCAUGUUAUAAUAGACAAAGUCAGUAGAUUGCCUCUGGAAAAAAAUACCCCUUUGCCUUUAUUAUUGAUACCAUUAAAAUUUCAACCUGAAUCCUUUAUGCUUGUUACUGAACAACAAGUAUGUUUAUUAACAGCAGAUGACCUUGCGUGUGGCAAUGUAUUAUAUCCUACAAGCAUUAUUCCAAGACAGUUUGGUAGUAUUGAAUCUGAAGGAUGUCUAUUUAAACUUGAGAUCAACGUAACAGGAGAACUUGUAUGGCAUCCUAUUGAAUCAGCCAGCCCAAUUGGUCAAUCUAUGUGUAUGCUUGGAACUAUUGAUAUGCUGGGACAGAAGAAUGAUCAAGUAACAGCAGAUAUCGUUUUAUGUGCUGGUGAAAGUGCUGAUAGUUUAGUUUUAGCAAUACCUCAUGAACAAUCUGAUUCCAUAAUACGACAUAUAACCAUUCAAACACUCAUUAACCGUGCUCCAUUGACUGAUGUUCAGGUAGCAGAUAAUUACCGAGAUCACCAAGAUGCCUUAAUUGCAUGCUCAGGGCAAGAUGAACAUGGUGCUUUAAGUAUCGUCACCUCUGGUAUUGAAACAACUAUGUUGAGCUCUUCAGAUAAAGCAGAAUGGAAAGGUGUUUCGGGAUCAUGGAGUAUCAUGCAGAAUUCAACAAGGCCUUUGUAUUUAGUUACUUCGUCUAUGCUAGAUACUCGCUUGUUGAGUGCAAAAGGUAUAUAG